UGGAGUAGACCGAUAUCUGUUGGUAAAAUGACAACUUCCUAACUGUUAUCACAGCGUAAAUAUGUAUGUCCAGUUAAGACAGACAGAAGACGAUUUUCCUCUCGACAAAUCUGAUGACACACGUGAGAAAGCGUGGUAAAUUGGGCUUGUAUACAUAUGGCAAGAUCAUGUCAGAAAAUCAAGCUGCUGAUGGAGGUACCACUCGGGGAAAGAGCAGUCUUUGGGUACGCCUCCGCAAGCGGCUUCAGCGCCGUGGGGUUGUGGAGGUCGACAUCGACCACCACAGAUACAAAAUGCUCAACUGUAUCCGAGAGGGCAUUCGUAACGUCCUACUCAAACAUCCAGGAUUGGCACCAAAGGACAAGUUAACUCCAGACGACUAUACGCACCAAGCAGAGGAAUUGUUUGUGACCAAGAAAGGAAAGACGUUCACAUUCUGUAGUUAUGCCAGUUCAGUGUUUGCUACAAUUAGAAGAGCCGUCAGUGUUACUGAGGAGGAAUAUCUCUCCGCUGUAGCUCCUCCAUCCCUUCCUUAUUUGGAAUUCAUUAGCAACUCUAAAAGUGGUCAAGACUUUUAUCUUAGUAAUGAUCAACAGUACAUCCUGAAGACAGACAAAAAGUAUUGUGUACAGUACUUUAUGUCAUUUCUGGGAGAAUACCUUGAGCAUUUCCAGUUGUACCCUCACUCACUCAUUGUGAAAUUUCUAGGGCUCUACUCCAUACAGAUAGAAGGGGAACCCAAGAUAUAUUUCCUGACGAUGCAGAGUAUCUUUUAUCCUCCGAGUAACAUUGACACAAGAUUUGAUGUGAAGGGCUGUCUGGGAGGUCGUUAUCAGAAGCCAAACGCUGACGAGGACAUCCUAACCAUUCUAAAAGACCAAAAUUUUGAACAGGAAACAAUCCAUCUAGGUGUUCAAAAAACCUGGUUUGCCCAACAGCUUGAAUUAGAUGUGGGUUUCUUCCGUAACCUCGGAGUUCAAGACUAUAGCCUAUUGAUUGGCCGACAGAAACGCUUAAAACAAGGAGGCGAGAAUUCCCUUCCUAAUGUUGUACAGAGAGUUCGAAGAUCAAUUCCACUUGCUUCACGGAAUACUGUGAGUCCAAUUGGAGACAACUGUACUGUCAAGCAAGUCGGAGCUGCAUCCUGGGAAAUAGAGAUGAAACCCAUAGUCUCGGAGGAGCAGACUCAACGCGUUAAUACAACAGGGGAGGUAACUGAGACAAAGUUCUCAGAAAUAGACAGAACUACCAAACAGACCGGUAUCAACAAUGGAACGUGCAGCCUUAAAAAUCUUCUCAUGCAAUCAAUGGAGUCGGACAAGUACCAACCGUCUAAUCUACGACUUUUACCUAACUGUCGGAACCCUCUGCAUGUGAUUGAUGGUGAGGAUUACAGAUACUAUGUGGGAGUCAUUGAUUUCUUUACACAAUACGAGUGUAGGCAAAGAAUUGCCCGAGUGUUGAAAACGUUGAAAAACUUGACAUCGGACCAUUCUACAGUUCCUCCUGACAUCUAUGCAGAUAGAUUUCUGAAAUUCAUCACUGACAGGACAAAAUGAACAACAGUAAAUUCGAAAUUCUGAUAUUUGAUAAGAAUAAGCUUAGAAACCAACUUUGACAAUUAUUAUCAUAACCUAUCUUUUAUAUACAGCAUAUUUGAAUUUAGUGUACAUUUUUUCCACUUUUAUAUACACAGAUUUUUAUGUAUAUGUCCACCGAGGGAAAUUAUGACUCUAGUCUUUAUUUAAAAUACUCCUUGGUAUCAUAAAACAACUUAACCCUCAGAACUUUAAUGGAACAGUCUUAAUUUGACAUCAUGUCUCCAAUAUAUCCCUGAAAGCCAAAUUCAUAGAUAUUUUACUAUUCAAUUUUAUGUUUUAGGCAGCAGUAAUAUACUGUUAACGUACUUAUUUGAGUGCACCCAAAUUUUAGCGCAUUUUUAUAAAGAUUACAGCAAUGAUGAAUUACAGCAGCCAUAUAAGCUGCUGUAGAAAGAACAUAAUGAAAUGUUAUUAAAAAAUCAUAAUUUAACACAAAGCUUACUGCCUCACGAAAAAGACAUGAAAAUAAGACUACCUCUAAAACUUAUAUGUUUCACAUUAGCCUUACAAUAAAUGAAAUGGUGAAACAUGAAAGUUCUUCAAAUUAAGAUAUUUUAUUACCAGGGCCAGAUCAUUUUGAUUUUUCAUUGUAGUUCUGUAACAAUGGUUGUCUGGAACACAAUAUUGUUUUUGAUGUGGCUGAGGAGAUAAAAUUAUAGAGUAGAUAUGACAUAUGAUUAUGACAUUCACAAGUGCGAUAGGCAGAAAGAGGUUACCAUUACCUUGUGGUAGCAUUGAAACUUUCACAAUGUUUUUGAUUAAUAUAGAAUAUCUUAGGUAUGUGGAACGUUUGUUUUUUACAUAUAUGUAGCAUAAUUGAGAUUGCAAUAUUUCUAUUUCAUUUUUAUCUCCAAAGAAUUUGAUGUGUAUAUACUCAAUGCUUUUCUUUUACAAAAGGAAAAAAUUAUUUUUGACAAUACAAAUGUAUAUCUUUUUUUUCACAGGGACUUUGCACUAAAUUUCCAAUCUACAGUCCAUAUUCAUAUAGCAUUAUCAUAUGUACCAUUAGUUCUCCUGUCUUUUGAAUUAUGCCAAGUCUCUGAGUCUUCUAUGAAGAUUACUCUCGAAUAUACUAUUAAAUAUUUUUAUUAUCUGUGAUACCUUUUUAUCAUAAUUAUUGAAAUGACAAGUAAAAGACAAAGGCAUUAAUUAACAAUUGAAUUAUUGUAAAGUGAGAUCGUUUUUAUUAUUAUUAAUUUAUGGCACAGAGGUACAAGUAUUGUAUCACCCUAAACAACUGUUUACAUGAUAUCAUUCCCUAAAGUUGUGAAUAAUUCGAACUCCCUUUUUUUUCUUUUUUAAAAAAAAAAAAAACGAAAUUCCUUGUAGGUUGCAAUACAAUAUUUAAAUAACUUCAAGUUAUUUAUGCCUUGAUGUGUUGCAAUCCAAGGUAGAUAACUCCUUUGUAAUUUGUUGCCUUGACUUGAUUAUUUUGAUAAGUGCUAACAUUAUCCAUUCAUACUUCUAUAAUUGUAGACAUGUCAGAUUUAGAAUUUAAUCCACAUGUAUAUGGAGUCUCUAUUUCCCAUUCUUUUUCCAGAUUGCCUCAGAAGUCCAAUUCCAUAUGAAAAUCUUAGCAAUUCUUGUUACAUUAAGUGAUGAACAAAAGCUUACAUGCCCUUUGGGUUAUACAUUUUAAUGUCACAACUAUCCCUGUAAGAUUUUUGAUAUUUUUUAUUAUUAUUUAUUUUUAUAUUAUAACUUUUUCUGUGAGAUUUUCAUUGCAUAACUAUUAUUGAGCCAGAAUCUGCAUUAUACAUUUACAUUUUUGAAAAGUGAAUGAAAUCAUGUGGCUUUAAUUGCAUGUCUAAUACAUUCUAAACCUAAUAGUUGUUAUUAUUAUUAUACUCUCUAAACAGAAUGGUUUAUAUUAUUAUACUCUUUAAACAGAAUAGUUUUUGAUUAUUAUACUCUCUAACAUAAGAAAUUUACUCAUCUAUGUUUACAGGAAAAAUCUGCCUUUAAAAUUUCUUUUCAUGAACUUUUAUAUUUGUAUACACAUUGAUGAUGUUUGAACUUUUAAACAUGCACCUCACCUUUUUUCCUAGAUUUCUAACAGCAUUUAAAAGAUAUAUAUUUUAUGCUCAAUAUGGCUCAAAUUGAAUUUACAUCUUUGUAUGCAUGUAUAGGUACAUUGGUAUGUCUAAUAAAUAUUUUGAAUUUUCAUAUAAAAUUACUUACUUAAUGUGAACUGAAUUUUGAAAUUAAUUCAUUCUGCAAUUAUUGUACAGUUAUCCAUUAUAAUAUAUUUGUGAUAUUUCAUGUUUUAUACAAAGAAAUCCAACAUUGUGAUCACCUGUUGUUGAUGUUAGAUACUCUGGUGUUGUUUAGAUAGUUUCUUUUAGAUGUUUGCUCAAAAUAGUUGUUUUACUUUUACAUGAUAUUAUGUCUAUGCUUGUAAUAUGUUCUGGGGUGAGCAAUUCAUAGAUCUAAGAUUUUAACAUUUAUUUUGGUUAAAAUAAAAAAAAUUUGGGGGAUGGGUGGAGGUGGGGGGUUACUAUUUCAUGUUUUGACCAUUGCUCAAAUUUGAUACCAAAAUUUCCAUUUGAUGUCACUUCAUUCACCAUCCUUCAUGAUUGUCAUAUUCUCUUCAUUCUUUUAAAAAUGUAAAAUAAUUUAUCUACUUUUACAACAGUUGCAAAAUAAGUAGUUUUAUCAUAUAUUAAAUCAUUCAUGUUGGUCAAGAUGCAAGUGUACGAGGGGUCUUACUGUGGGAGGAAACUGUAGUGCCCAGGGAGAAAACCCAAGUGGUAGGGCAGGUGACCGCCAUACCUUUUCGCGUCUGAACGGCGAAUUGAACCCUGGCGGCCAAGGUGACAAGCAAUUGUGUUACCAAGGUGACUUUUGACCACCCAUCUUCACUGGCAAAAGCUUCUAAUUACGUUACACUCUUGGAAUGUAACAUAAUCAGAAUCCUUGGCUAGCGAAGAUGCCGACCACCUGUCUUAUUUUUUUUGUAUCUUUAAGACAGAGAGUUUAGCUUUUUCAUUUUGUAGUACAUGUACUUUUUAAAGCUAGGGAGACAUUUUGUAUUGGUACUGAUCGAGGUCAUUUAUAUAAAUAUAUUUUAUCUUUAAAUAUUUUCUUAUGGAAUUAUGAAGCAUGGUUAACCAGAAUCAAAUAAGGAAGUGCCUUAUAGAGAGUUCAAGUCCUUUGGUUAAAAGUCAAUGUCAAAAUCUUGUAUCUCUCCACUGGUACAUGAGUAUUUUCUUAUUAUGUAUCGAAGCAAAGUUGAUCAAAUUCAAAUAGGUCAGCACUUGAUGAAAAGUCAAGGGAAGCAAAACAUUUGGCUGCAGGGUAACAAGGGAAGACUUAGGAACAAAAGCAAUUUAUAGUUCCUUUUGCUAGUGAAUGACAUUGAUGUUUCCUAUUCAAACAUAUCCAAGAAGUGUUUAUAGUCAUCUGACCACAGUCAAAGCAAUUAAGGGGUCAAAUAUCAGGGUAGGAUUUUUUUGUUUUGUUUACAUCUUCGAACUUGUAAACUUUUUCAUGGCAUUUUAGAAUACUCUUUGGAUUUAAAUAGGACGUCAAGGUCAUGGGGUCAAAUUUUCUAUUAAUUGCAGGUAAACAUUUUGUUUUCUUUUCGUCAUCAAUUUUGACGCACAUUCUAAGGAGCAUUGUAAAUGACAUGAUGAAAAACUUUCAUGAAAACUUACAUUUGCUUGCACGUAUGUGAGAAAAAUAAUAAAACAUGGGUCUGUCCCGCAAACAAGGAUAUCUCAACCCUCGUGUAAGUGUUUGGCUGGACAGCACUCGGCAAGCCUCUUGUUGACGGACUAACUCUUACACUCGGGUUGAGAUAUCCCUGUCCAUGGGACAGACACAAGUUAGAUUCUAUCAAUCUAUAAUGAAGUUUAUGCAAGUUUUCAUAAAUUUUAUGAAAUAUGGACUUAAUUAUGCUUGGCAUGUUACCAAGUAAUGUAUAUUAUAUUAUUUUCUGUUGUUUUUUUUAUAUUCAUGACAGUGCUCUCUUGCUUUGCUUGUUUUUACUUUUUUCUUUUUUCUUUUUUUAUCAAUUUUUACAUGUGCUUAUGAAUUCAACACCCGACAUGCAAUCUUAUUUUAAUAGCAUAAUAUAAUGACCAUGUGACUAGGAGUUGUCAGUUACUAGAUUGGUUGAUGAAAUGCAAGAUUCAUUUUAGAUAGAUAUAUGAAUGUACAUGCACAUGUUUAUAGAAUUUAACAAACAAAAAUUAUAAGCAUAUACAUGUAUACACAUUUUAAUGCAAGUUCCUAAAUUUGGAUUUUGAAAAGUAGAUUCUACAAUUUCAGGUCAAAAGUCUUUCUGCAAAAUUUAACUUAACUAUAAUUUAAAUCUUUGAAUUUUAAACUUUCAUGGGUGUAAUUUAUUGAUGUUUGGUGUGUUGAUAAAGAAAUAUAUAGAAAUUUCUUGUGUAAAGUACUUUUAUAAUGCUAAUACCAUGAAUGGCAGAAGAAAUCAAAACAAAAUUAAAUACCUGUGGCUUAAUUAUACUUACCAAAAUAUCUUCAAAAUUAUGUUGCGAAAUUUCAUAAAGUAAAUAACCUAUCAACAAAUUCAGGAUUUUUUUUGGAAAAAACAUUUAAAUUGUAAGAUUGAUAUAGCAGAAUGUGUGGAAAGACUUUUGAUCCAGCAGUGUAGAUAUUUGUGCAUAGUUUGUAUAGAAGGCAAAGUAUUUUAAUGUUAUAAUUUGACUUUCGGGUGUAUUUCGAAUGUUUUACAGAAAAUAUUUUCAGUCCAAAUAAAAAAUCAUAGCAGUGAU